CGACAUCCUUCCCUCAAAAUACUGGUAACAGUCGCUCCAUUUAGUCAAUCAAUUCGAACAUGCAAUCGCCUACCCCUCCGCCCUCUUUGGACCAUCUAACCCUCCCCAAUAUCGAUAAUCCUCUCUACAACGUUGACCCCGAUUCCGAACCUGCAGUCGAAUACUGGCUCCAACAACGGUGCCCAAAGCUGAAUGUCAAACAACUCAUUUCCAGGCAUAACAGAGUACAAAUACCUAUAGAAGAAGACUUUAAACUGCUUUGGCGGCUAAGGUCUAAAGUGCAAGAAGAAUCUGCCGAAGAUGCUGAAAAGGUGGUUCUGCAAGCCCUGAAAGAUCUGGAUAGUGAACGUCAAAAGUCAGAGGAAGAAUUUCGCUGCUGGGAAGAUAAACUCUUUUCCGACCACCCGUUUCCUCCUGGAAAGCGAGGGACAUGGGAAGCUCUACUGCGCAGCAGGAAUCUACUUUCCAUCAACGGCUCGAUCUCAUCGCUUUUCCCUCACCUCUUCGACAGACUUCAACCAAAAACAUUCGAGGCCGGAACAUUUCGAAUGAAUUCGCCUACAGCGGCGGUCACAAAACGUUUCAGGGCUGCCAAAUCACAGAAGACGGAGGUCCGCCAGCGGACUUCUACCAAGAAGCGUCAGCUGCGAGAUAGUACGGACAGUAGGCGCAGAAAUGCCUCAACAACGACCACUCCGCUACGCAGAAGCCCACGUUUAACCAAGAGCGGCACUUGAAAAUCUUAUUGUUUCUUUCGCUGCCUAUGCUCCUGUCAGUCUGGACAAAAAGAUGACGGAGCACAGACGACCUUGAAUCUGACUGACGAUUGUUCCAACUCGGAGAAGGAGCUCGGAUUCUGCAACCAGCAGCUGAUGGUAAUAUGACCUUCCAAAUGCGUUCUAUCAUCCUCCCAACUUCUUCCGAUCUGGGCUAGGCUGAACAAUAUUCGCAUCGUCCAAUGACGAUUGGAAUCACCUCUUUGCUGGGGACCUCGUCGCUCCAAGUGUGACCUGGACAUGGAGGUGGGAGAGCUGGUGGAUUGGGCAUGGUCCUCAUCAGGGGUACAUGUACUUCCCCUUAUUUGCGAACAAGUCUUGGUCUCACCAUCUUGUCAAGGACGGGUUGCCUUCUCAUGUAGUUGGGAUGCCAUAAUGACAAAGAUUAAGAACUAGGCAACAGCUACCUGUAAUCAGCACCUUACCGCCAUGUAGAAAAGGAUGCAAACGUGGCGCUCAAAAACCCUGCACCAUUAGCCG